ACUUUCACACAGACGAGUAACUUAUGCAACGGCCACAUAUGUCUUCCCUUCUGUGAAAUAUUCGGCUGGGAAUAUUUAAGUGAAUCCCGAAAUAUAAAUUUAAAAUAUAAACCAGUUUCAUAUCGUGCUGUUAUCCAGAUAUUACGGUACAACCCUUCUGACUUGUUACCGUAAUAAAGGUAAACCUGACAUUACGAGAACGAACCUUCGCAACGGCUACGAAUUCUUGUCAUCCAAGAGGACAGUAUGAGGUUCUGCAGGGACUGAUGGAAGACACCCCACUCCCACAGCUGUGAGAUGCGCUCACUCUCCUCAGAUGCUCCUACUCAGAUCACUGUUUGUGCAGCCAAACACCGUCCUUUAAAAAGCACUUUGUGAAGGCAAGGCUGUUAUGCUUGGUUGAAUACAGCAGAGGAAAAAGAAAGAACUCAAAGGUCCAUUUCUUCACAAAUGCCUCGAUGGAAAGGUGUUCUGAGAUGUCGUGCGCACUUGCCCCGCCCCGUAGUCCAGGGGGUGGGGCUGUGCUUCCUGACAUUUGCCAUCAUCCUGCCCUCCUUCUGCCACCGCCUGCUCUACUCCUACUACUUCCUGCGGUCCCUGUACCUGGACUCCAUGAGCGACCAGGCGCUGGCCGAGAGCUACAGGAGGGGUCAGGAGGCCCUGCGCUUCUGGAACGGCCCCAAUUCAGCCCCGCCCCCUGGUGUUACGCACCUGGCAGCCCACAAGAGUCGACCGCGCCUGCUGGUGACCGUGGUAACUGCACGCAGAACAGAGGGUAGAGAGUAUCACUACCUGCUGCAGGUGAUGCAGCAGCUGUCCUCCCUUCUCGCAGCUUGUCAGGGACCGGGCUGCCCGGAAGUGCUGGUGUGCGACGUGGAAAGUGGCCCCCAGGGAAACGAAGAUGUGUCCCUGCUGGAGAAAAGGUUCCGGGUGGUGCGGAGUGCGGAGGAGGAACCUGUGAAGGGCGGGGCCUAUGUGAACACAUUCGAGAAGGAGAAGAGAGACUACGUGUACUGCCUGCGCAGGGGCUGGGAGCUGCUGGAGCCCAGAAACGUGGUGGUGCUGGAGGAUGACGCCUUGCCCCGGCCCGACUUCUUUCCUGUGAUCGACGACCUGCUGUCGCGCGCCUUCUCCUCGCGGUCGCUGUACGUCAAGCUGUACCACCCCGAGCGGCUGCAGCGGUACUGGAACCCGGAGCCGUACCGCAUCCUGGAGUGGGUGGGGCUGGGGCUGGUGGGGGGCGGAGCUCUGCUGCUGCUGUGCUGCUGCUGCUCCGCCCUGCCCUGCUCCGCGCUCCACCUGCUCUUCUUCGCCCUCUACGUCAUGGCCGCCACCGAGCUGCUGGGGAGGCACUACCUCCUGGAGGUCCGCCGGCUCUCCCCCCAGCUCUACGCCGUUUCCCCAGCGACCGAGUGCUGCACCCCCGCCAUGCUGUUUCCCGGCAACGCCUCCCUGCGCGUGGCGGGGUACCUGGAUCAGGAGUUCUGUAUGAAGGGCAGGGCCAAGGACACGGUUCUGUACCAGAUCAUGCGCUCCACCCGUGGGGAGAGAGCCCACAGCCUGGAGCCCAACCUCAUCACCCACAUCGGGGCCUUUUCCUCUGUCAGAGCCAACCCCACGUACCCCCGCCUGCUCUGAUUGGCUACAGAACUAACCCCACCCACCCUGCCUGCUCUGAUUGGCUACAGAACUAACCCUACCCAGCCUGCCUGCUCUGAUUGGCUGCACAGUCAACCCCACCCACUCAUGCCUGCUCUGAUUCACUACAGUGCCAACCUCACCUACAGCCACCUGCCUUGAUUGGCUACAGAACCUACCCCUCCCCCCAUCUGCUCUGCUUGGGUACAGAACCAAUCCCACACACCUCCAUAUGCUCUGAUUGACUACAGAGUCAAAUCCACCCACCUUUGCUUGCAGUGACUGGUUGAGUCCAGGGUCCAGCAAUCAGUUGAAAUACUUUAACCCUUUAGACACAAGUACAAUCCCUCCCAGGUGUGCCAGGAUCACGGCUGAGCCACAGGGUUAUAGCGGGUUUGUGCUUUGAGUUCAUGGGGUAAUUAUGAUUACAGGGAACACUAAAUAAAGGGAUUCUAAUUGCUGCUAGGAGCUGUGUGUGUAUCGCUGUGCAGUGCGCAAUGGUAAAAGUGCCUUUUUAUAGAAAGUAUCAGCGGAUCAUUUAAUAGUUUCAGUUGCUGGAUGAUUUAAAUCAGAUUUAAAUGUGCGUUCUUUAUCUUUAGCAGGAAGCCGCUAGCAGUGCCACUUGGCCUAAUAACCUUAUUUGAGUGUCUGUCACAGGAAAGAGGACAGUGGUGCCUUUUCACUGAGAGUUAAACGCACCUUAUGCAGAUUUAAUAUUCACUGAGAGUUAAACGCACCUUAUGCAGAUUUAACAUUGUGUUCUGGUUUGUGCUGAGCAAAGGUUUAUGUUUUGUUCAUUUUCAAAAGCAUGUGUUUGCUUUUCAAAAUGAUGUUUUCUCUCAAGUCACAAGUUGUGUUUAUGUAUUCCUAUAUUUUGGGAGUUUCAUAAUAGUGUGAGGACUAGCUGCUCUGAGAUACAGAUAUAGCAUAUAACUGCACAUAUGAAUUUGUAUGUGUGAAAAAAUCAUUGGAACAUUUAGACAUUUGGAGGAAUUUGAUUACCAUCAUUGGCAUCAUCAGGGGCAACAUAGCUCAGGAGGUAAGACCGAUUGUCUGGCAGUCGGAGGGUUGCCGGUUCAAACCCCGCCCUGGGCAUGUCGAAGUGUCCUUGAGCAAGACACCUAACUCCUAACUGCUCUGGCGAAUGAGAGGCAUCAAUUGUAAAGCACUUUGGAUAAAAUGCAGUCCAUCAGUCCAUUUGCCUUUUGUUCUUUACAUUUUCAUAUACAAUCUUUAAACAAAAAAGAAUCUCGAAGUUGAAUUUUAAAAUCAUUAAUGUCUGUGGAUUGUGUAUUGUGGUUGUUGCUGAAAUAACAAAUCAAUAUAUUGAUUGAACACACUGUCUACCUCUGAUGUUUUUGUCACCUAGAGGGACAGUAAAAUAAAAGAUGGAAAAACUAA